ACACGUCUGCGCGAGCCGGCGUGACCCGGAAGCAGUUCUUCGGCCCUGUGACACGUAGCGACGGGCUAGAAUAGCUGUGCAGCGCAGCUUGUUGCCUUUUCGCGUGGCACCGUGGUCCUUUCCCUCACGACUCACUCUCGAUCUUCGUCCUGACGCGGUUUCUACUCCUUAUACGCGACCUUCCGGGACUCUUCGCUUUCCUGUCGGGCUUGGAGCUUUAUUUUGCAAGGCGGCAGUCGUGCCGGCCCUGUAAAGCUCUGUUUGAAGAUCUUUUGCGAUGUCAGGUUUUGAUAAUGUAAACACGGAUUUCUACCAGACAAGUUAUAGCAUCGAUGACCAGUCUCAACAAACCUAUGAUUAUGGAGGAAGUGGAGGACCCUAUAGCAAACAGUAUGCUGGCUAUGACUACUCACAGCAUGGCCGAUUUGUCCCUCCAGACAUGAUGCAGCCACAGCAACCAUACACUGGUCAGAUUUUCCAGCCAGCUCAGGCAUAUACUCCAGCUACACCUCAACCAUUCUAUGGAAACAGCUUUGAGGAUGAACCACCUUUAUUAGAAGAGUUAGGUAUCAAUUUUGACCACAUCUGGCAAAAAACACUAACAGUGCUACAUCCAUUAAAAGUAGCAGAUGGCAGCAUCAUGAAUGAAACUGAUCUGGCAGGACCAAUGGUUUUUUGCCUUGCUUUUGGAGCCACAUUGUUACUGGCUGGCAAAAUCCAGUUUGGCUAUGUGUAUGGAAUCAGUGCAAUUGGAUGUCUAGGAAUGUUUUGUUUAUUAAACUUAAUGAGUAUGACAGGUGUUUCAUUUGGUUGUGUGGCAAGUGUCCUUGGAUAUUGUCUUCUUCCCAUGAUCCUACUUUCCAGCUUUGCAGUGAUAUUUUCUUUACAAGGAAUGUUAGGAAUCAUUCUCACUGCUGGGAUUAUUGGAUGGUGUAGUUUUUCUGCUUCCAAGAUUUUUAUUUCUGCAUUAGCCAUGGAAGGGCAGCAACUUUUAGUAGCAUAUCCUUGUGCUUUGUUAUAUGGAGUCUUUGCCCUCAUUUCUGUCUUUUGAACGGAGUUUAUCUGGAAUGUGGACAUCAGUGGGCCAAAUACACCAAGAGAACCUUGAACUCUUAAAUUGGACCAUCGAACUGCUGCGGUGCAACUCUGAAGCAAAUUUAUGGUGGACAUUGGAGCAAUGGAAGUAAACACAAAUGUUUUGUUCAUUUUUAUGGAACUUUUGAACACUAUAUUGAAUUUAUCUGCAGUGUGACUAGCUUUAAGUGUCUGUGCUGUUUCCUUUUCCUGCAGCCUUUGAAAAACAACUAUUUUUUUCUUACAAAUUAUAUUAUGAUGUUUUUGAUAGAUUUUUAUUAACUGUGGGAAAACAACCACAAAGCUCAUAAUCCUUCUUAAAAACAACCGAAUUAUAGUAAAGAGACACAACACUUAUUGCAGAAAUGUUUUUCCUAGGAAUUAGGAAAGAAAAUUGUCUAUGUUCUCAAGUUAGGAACACUCAAGCAAAAAAUAAAAAAUCCCAAUGCAGAGUUCUGAGUUUGCAGUUCAAAAAUUUGACAUUCCUGUAAAUUCAGUUUUGAAAAGUUUAUAGUCUACCUUAUUGUAGAUAAAAAAUGUGAACUGCUGUUCAAAUAUUAAUGUUCAUUAAACCUGGACAUUUAAUGAUUGAUUAGGUCUCCACCUUUCCCAAGAAAAAGAUAAUCGCUAACCUUUUUUUUUUCCUGCUAACCUUUUUUAAAAAAAUAAAUAAAAUUUCACAAUUUCAGCAUUUCAGUUAUCAAUGUAAAGUACAU